AUGUCGGAGAAGAUCGACCAGAUUGAACCUGCGGUUGCAGUCGAGCCGGUGGGAAGACGCUUUUCCGCUACCGUUGAUGAGGUGCUCACGGCACAUGGGCAGACGGACUCGCUCACUCUGGACGAGGCCCGCGAACGGGCAAGGCACCUUCUAGAUGCCCAUGCCGAAGAUCCCAACUUUCCUCCCACGGCCCUCGAACGCCUCGACACAUUCCUGGCCAUUGAAGAGCCGGAGAAGCAUCGGAGAGCCGUCGAGGAAGCCAAGAUUGAGAUCUUGCUGCUUACAGAGAACAGUCCCUACCCCGAGGUUCGUGCGGUGGUCGACCCGUACGAUGACCCGAAUCUUCCCUGUGGCACCAUCCGCGCCUGGGUCAUCGGGCUGGCGUUUGUCAUCCUGAUCGCGUUUGUCAACCAACUCUUCAGUGUGCGCCAACCGUCCAUCAGCAUCCGUUCGACCGUCGUCCAAUUCCUGGCCUUUCCGGUUGGCAAGGCGGCCGAGCGCUUCUUACCGGAUGUUGGCUUCACCCUGUUUGGCACGCGCUACAGCCUGAAUCCUGGUCCGUUCAACCGGAAGGAACAUAUGGUCAUUUCCAUCAUGGCUAGCGCGGGAGGGACUCUUCCCAGCUCGCGAUACAUCAUUUUCACGCAGUGGCUGGAUCGGUAUUUUGGUCAGCCCUACGCCAAACACUUCGGAUAUCAGAUUCUGCUCGCUCUCUCCACUGACCUCAUGGGCUUUGGAUUGGCGGGACUACUCCGCCGCUUCAUUGUCUAUCCGUCGUUUUGUGUGUGGCCGAGGUCAUUGGUGACUAUUGCCCUGAACACUUCCUUGCACAAUGAGGAGAACCACUCCGUGCCGGGUCCCUUUCGAACCAUCUUCAACAUUUCCCGGUUUCGAUUCUUUCUGAUCGCCUUUGCGCUCAUGUUCGUCUACUUCUGGUUCCCCGACCUCAUCUUCGGUGCUCUGAGUACCUUCAACUGGCUGGCGUGGAUCGCUCCCAACAACUUCAAUCUGGCCGCCAUUACCGGCAUCAAAAAGGGACUGGGAUUCAACCCGCUGCCGACUUUCGACUGGAACAUUGUCACCCAUGCCCUGGAUCCGCUGAUCGUGCCCUUGCGCGUGACGAUCAACACGUUCUUCGGCGUGCUGCUCGGUGGCAUUACCAUCAUUGGCCUCUAUUGGACCAAUGCCUAUCACACGGCCUACUUGCCUAUUAACACCAACAGUAUGUUCAAUCAUUAUGGAAAGGCUUACAAUGUGUCCAAGAUCUUGGAUAACCGUGGAUGGCUCGACGAGACCAAAUACCAAGCCUACUCCCCGGUGUACCUGGCCGCGAGCAGUCUGACCAUGUACUUUUUCUUUUUCGCGGUGUAUGCGGCCACAGUGUCGUAUGCGUAUCUGCACCAUCGCCGCGACAUUGCACUCGGGUUUCGCAGUCUGAUCAAGAAUUUUAAGCGCCGAGAUCCCAGUGACUUUCCCGAUGUUCACAGCAAGCUUAUGACGGCCUACAACGAAGUCCCGGAGUGGUGGUAUGCAAUUCUCAAUGUGGUUGCGAUUGUGCUGGGAGUGGCUGCCAUUGCUGCCUGGCCUACCUAUACCAGCGUUGGGGUCAUCUUCUUUGGUAUCGCGCUUGCCCUGGUGUUUGCCAUCCCGACCGGCAUCAUCGAAGCCACCACCGGAAUCUCGGUCGAGUUCAACGUUCUUGCGGAGUUUAUUGGAGGCGCCUGGAACCCCGGCAACGCAUUAGCCAUGAAUUUUUUUCAAAUGCUUUGGCUGGCACACUAUGUCAAGGUUCCCCCGCGCCAAACCUUCUGGGCACAGAUCAUUGCGGUGGUGGUCUCUGCCUUUGUGGCUACGGGGGUGAUGAACUUUCAAAUCACGAGGAUUGAUGGGAUUUGUACCGCCGACCAGAAAAACCGCUUCACCUGCCCCGGCGUCAACACCUACUUCACCGCCGCUGUCCUCUUUGGCAGCGUGGGAGCCAAAAAGAUCUUCGGUACCGGGGGACAAUACACGGCGCUUCUCUCGGCCUUUCCCAUUGGAUUUGCCUUUCCCAUUAUUACUUACUUCCUACAGCGGCGACUCCCUCGCACCCACUGGUUGAGCAAAUUCCAUCCCGUCAUGUUCCUCAACGGGGGGGUUCAUUGGUCUCCAUACAACAUCGCCUACAUGUGGCCCGCCGUCAUUCCCGCCUACAUCAGCAUGGGCUACCUCCGCACCCGGUACCUGGCCUUCUGGUCCAAGUACAACUAUGUGCUUUCGGCGGCGUUUUCCACCGCCAUUGCCAUCGCGGGCAUCAUCAUUUUCUUUGCGGUGAACUAUCAUGGCUAUGAGAUUAACUGGUGGGGAAAUAAUGCGGAUACGGGUUGCGAGGCGAAGUCUUGUACCCGAUUAACUCUGCCGAAGGGGGAGUAUUUUGGACCUAGGCUGGGGAGUUUUUCCUAGUUGGGUGCAUACGCAGCAGAGUGAGUACCAUCAUAGGGUAUCAUUAGGAGCUGUUCGUACCAGAAUGGCAGGGGGUGCUGUGGGAUAAAUUGAGACGUCGAUAGAUA